AUGGCGUGGAAAGAAGAGGGACCCGACCCCAAUUUGGAUAUGAUCUCAACGAGCACGACGAGACCGACAAGGUCAUCUAUCAUAGCUGCGCUCGUCAAGACAGUACCAAGUCUCGUGUUGUUCAAGCCGCUAGUAUUCAGAAUAGUAAAAGUUGUGCCCAGACUCGUGGAGCAGAGAGCUGCUCCUGCAGCAAAUGCCUGCAAGGGCGUGGCAGAUGCGAGGCUUCGCAGGCAGGAGGCAAAGGCAAUCGGCAAGCAGAUGCCUGUCAAAGCCACCAACAUGGAAAGACCGGCCUUGGUUGAAGCUACGCUGAGUAUCAAGAUGGCCUUAGUCCUCGAUCUCUCCGACGAGCUGAUCAUCCUCAUCAUUUCCAACUUUACUAAACCCUCUCACCUGCUCCAGCUCGCUCUCGCCAACAAGAGAAUCCACGCCAUAGCCAUACAACACCUCUACGAAAACGUUGCAUUCGACCGCGCCGACUACCCUGCCUUCCCCCCUUUUAUGCAGCACAGAGGCAGCGGCGUUAUCCGAUACGACUACAAAGCUCCUCACUCGAACGUGCUGCAUCUGUCCAACAUGAUCCGGUCCAACACUCUUCCAGCUGGCCAAACGAUCACCGCUCUUACCAUCGCCGUCGAUAUCAACAAUGUCUGCAACAAAUUUCAGACCUUGCUCUCUCUACUCCUGCCUCAGCUGUCUUCACUCAAGCAUCUUACCCUGGAGUCAGUCUCCGACCACCGGCUCGCUUGGCAGCACGAGCAUUUCUCGCUUGCGCCACUAGCGGUUGCGUUGAGCCCUGCAAGUCACACCUUGCGGAGUCUUUCCAUGCAUUUCUUCCUGAGCCCCGGAGACAGCGAUGGCUGGACCAUCGGUAGCCUUCGCCAUUUUUCCGAGCUGAAGUAUCUCUCCAUUCAAGGAAACGUCUUGCUGGGCCAAUACGGCAACAUCGCUUCUACCAUGCCAUCCUUGGAUUCCGUCUUACCUCCAGGGCUGAAACGCUUGCGGCUGCACUGGUGCACGAUGAAAGGAAUCCAGAGUCUCUACGUCGUGCUUUUGGAUUUCGUAAAGGCCAGCUUGAGAGUCUCUCGCAAGAUGGAGGAGCUCGUGGUGCAGUUGGGUGCCAGGGCCGCCAACGAAGUCGACCAGUGGAACGUGGAGCUCUUCGAAAUGAGCAUGCCGGACAUGAACGAGGACGCCAGGCAAGGCGGUCUGCAUCUCAGAAUGGCACUGGAUUGGAGACAGGACUAUCGCUGGGUUGCACGUUCGGCGGUUGCACGUUCGGCGGUUGCACGUUCGGCUUCCAAUCGGGCCUUUAUGGAUCGGCUUCACAGGUUCAUGGAGACACAGCCCGAGUCGGUUCAAUAG